AUGCUGCUCCCAGCGAGCGCUCUGAUUGGCCUGCUGUGCCUGAGCCACGGCGGCGGCGCGCUGGCCUUCGCCCGGCUGCCGGACGACGUGGAGCUGCGCUCGGCGUUCUCGGCGGCGCGCACCAGCAGCAUGGAGGGCGGGCCCAAGAUGACCGUGACCUUCGACGCCCUUUACGUCAACAUCGGCGGGGACUUCGACGCCAAGGCCGGCGUGUUCCGCUGCCGCGUCGCCGGCGCCUACUACUUCUCCUUCACGGUGGGGAAGUUCCCCCACAAGGACCUGUCGGUGAUGCUGAUGAAGAACCGGAACGAGGUGCAGGCCAUCGUGUACGAGGAGAAUGCCGGGGAGGAGAGGAAGGUGCAGAGCCAGAGCGUCAUGCUGCAGCUGGAGUUCGGCGACACCGUCUGGCUCCGCCUCCACGGAGACCCUCGCUACGCGCUCUACAGCAACACCGGGCACUACACCACCUUCAACGGGUACCUCGUCUACCCGGACACCUUCAGCUUCCAGACGCACCGCCGGGACAGCCAGGCCACCGAGGAGGAGGAGGAGCCGCCGCAUCGCGAGGAAGAGGAGGACGACCACGAGCAGCAGCAGCAGCAGCAGGAGGAGGAGGAGGAGGAAGAAGAAGACCGGCGGAGAUCCGCCUUCUCCGUGGGGCGCACCCAGAGCAUCGUGGGCGCGGACCCGGCCGGCCCGCCGCAGCACCAGCCGGUCGGCUUCGACGUGGCGUUCGUCAACAUCGGCGGCGACUUCAACGUGACGGCGGGGCUGUUCACGUGCCGCGUCGCCGGCGCCUACUACUUCUCCUUCAACGCGGGCAAGCUGCCCACCAAGACGCUGUCCGUCAAGCUGAUGAAGAACCGCCUGGAGGUGCAGGCGAUGAUAUACGACGACAGCCGGGGCGAGAAGGCGCUGCAGAGCCAGAGCCUGAUGCUGCCGCUGCAGCCGGGCGACACCGUGUGGCUCUACUCGCACCAGCGCGACGGCUUCGGGGCGUACAGCAACCACGCCAAGUACAUCACCUUCACCGGCUUCCUGGUGUACCCGGACGCCGCCAACACCACCGCCGGCCAAUCGCACGCAGGCAAGAAGCCCUAGCUGCAGGCCGCCGGCGGGGGGGGGGGGGGCAUUGUGGGAGGAGUUCACGCAAAAAUGAAUCCCUUCUCAAAGUCAGAGGCCUCGGAGCGAAUGGAUUUCGCCUCAUCGACAGCGAGGGAACCUCGAGCGGCGGCGACCUCCCGACACCCCGUUAGCAAAACACAGCAGAACAAACAGAAUCCACUUUAAGAAAGUUAUAAUAAAUGAUUACAAGUGGGUGAGUUACGCCCUCUGGUGGCGGGAAAAAGAAUCUCCCAUUGCAGUGAAAACAAAAAGAUGAUUAAAUCCAUCGGAUGCAUUUCUUGAAGCGAGGUUGCUGACGGAGACAAGGUUUACGGCGUCCUCUGCGUUCGUGUGUAAAACAAAAAGUGACUUUCUUUUCCCGCCGGGCUCCGGGCCGCAAUUAGAUUUCUAGUCCUAACAGCAGUUUAAUUUAUGUCUUCAGAUGGCUGGGGAUGGGGGGGGGGGGGCACUGUGCAUGUCUGUGUAAUUUCACGCCGCCGGCAGGAAGACGAUGCUCUUCACGCCGAGAGGAACCUUGACUUCACCACGUGACCUCAUGACGUCACCGUCUCACGUGACCUCAUGACGUCACCGUCUCACCACGUGACCUCAUGACGUCACCGUCUCACGUGACCUCAUGACAUCACCGUCUCACCACGUGACCUCAUGACGUCACCGUCUCACGUGACCUCAUGACAUCACCGUCUCACCACGUGACCUCAUGCUUUGUGACAUGUUUGCAUUACAGCUCCCUGGAAGUGUUUUUUUUUAUUUAAUACAAUCAUCACAACGCGUUCAUUUUUAAAAUAUCUGUGUAGUCUAUCUUUGCAUCUUUUAGUUCAUCGUUUUGGUUUUAUAAAAAAACGAAAAACACAUCGAAUCACCACCUGCAGGGUUCACGCACAUGUUGAUCGACUUUUCCAGGACUUUAAAACCAAAUUUCCAUGACUGAACAUUUUGUGUGUAGACACAACCUCAAAUGAGACAUUAGUUUGAUGAAAAGAAUAAAUAUGUAAUAAAUAAAUGGUUCUUCUUUUAAUCAAAAUCAGCGUAAAUGAACACAUGGAUAUUACACAUGUCCAUGACUUUUCCCAAAACUUUUGGGAUUACAUAUUUUUCAAGGACUUGGAAAUAACCAUUUUUAAAUUCCAUGACUUUUCCAGGUUUUCCGUGUGAGCGUACGAACCCUGCAAACAACAGACGACGUUAGCGACGCGCGUAUUCAGACGAUAUUUCUCUGGUGGAGACCAAAAGCAGAGUUUAAAGCAGAGUGAUGACUGGACUGGAGUUCUGACACCGAGAACACACCGACGGCGUCACAGUGACUACAGUAAUUACCUUUCUGUUCCCACAACGUUACCCGGGCUUCAGUACCGAUCCGACCCCAGAGUUUCAUGGACACGCUGUUGGACUCACUGUGUGGAGGUGGUGUCAUUCUGUUAUGUGUAAGGCUGGAAUUAAAACACUGCUUUCCUAAGGUUGUAAAAUAAAAUGUAAAAAAAAUUAUACAUUUUAUUAUUUAAAUAAUACAAAUGUCAUAAAUUAAUAUGUAUUUAUAAAUAUAUAUAUACGAAAUGUGUAUUAUUUAAAUAAUUAAUAAACAUGUAAAAGAUUAAUAUUUAAAUGUGGGGUAUUUUUAAUUAUUUAAAUUUGAAGAUAAUCUUCAAAAUGCUAACCCUUUUAAAACAGCAACAUAUUGGUCAAUACUUCAAAAGGAAUUAAUAUUCCAGGACAUAAUGUACAUAAACAUAGAAUGAACUGUAUUCCACGCUGUGACGAGAGUGGACGAAGCUCUAAGUUAUUAAAUGUUACUCGUGUCCAAACUCGUGACUCGGAACACACGAACAAAAUGGCCGCCGCUCUGACCGUCUCUACUCCUUCUCCUCCUGGGGUCAGAAUUCCUGUCGAGUGACUUGAGAGCAAAAAUCAUCGGAAGCAUUUUGUUUGAUGCAUGCAUGUAAAAUACCGUGAAUAAAAACAUGUAUUUAAAUAAAUACGGUUGCUUUUCUCGUGACUCGCUGAGCGGCUCCACGCGGUCGACGCCCGCUCACCGUCUUUAUGAGGCGGAUGUACAGUAGCGCCACCUGUGGGAUGUUUCUGGUCUUCUUUCUGUCUGAUAAUCCAGAUGAAAGAUGGAUCGUCUCGUAUUGCAGCAGACGUGAGUCAAAAUACUGUUUUCCAAAAUGUGUGACUUUAGGGUCACAAAAAAACACAAAUCCAACUGUAAGAAAAUGUAAUAAAGUGAAACUCACAUUUUGACCCACGUCAA